AUGUCAACACACUCAAAUCACCCAUUCCAUCUAGUAGACUAUAGCCCCUGACCUCUAACAGGAGCAAUCGGAGCUAUAACCUCCGUUUCAGGUUUAGUAAAGUGAUUUCAUCAAUUUGAUAUUUCAUUAUUUGCUUUAGGGAAUAUUAUUACUAUCUUAACAGUAUAUCAAUGGUGACGAGACGUUUCUCGAGAAGGGACCUUCCAAGGGUUACACACCUUACCCGUAACAUUAGGGUUACGCUGAGGAAUAAUUUUAUUUAUUUUAUCAGAAAUUUUAUUCUUUGUAUCUUUCUUCUGAGCAUUUUUCCAUAGAAGUCUUUCUCCAGCUAUUGAACUCGGAGCCACAUGGCCCCCCGCAGGGAUCCAACCCUUCAACCCAUUCCAAAUUCCUCUAUUAAAUACAGCUAUUCUACUAUCCUCAGGAGUAACUGUAACAUGAGCCCAUCACAGAUUAAUAGAAGGCAACCACUCUCAAGCAACACAAGGAUUAUUCUUUACAGUCCUAUUAGGAAUUUAUUUUACUAUCUUACAAGCCUACGAAUAUAUUGAAGCACCAUUCACCAUCGCAGACUCAGUUUACGGAUCUACCUUUUUCAUAGCAACAGGAUUCCACGGAAUUCAUGUUCUAAUUGGAACAACAUUUCUCCUAGUAUGUUUAAUUCGCCAUUUAAAUAAUCACUUUUCUAAAAUCCACCAUUUUGGAUUUGAAGCAGCUGCAUGAUAUUGACACUUCGUAGACAUUGUCUGACUAUUCCUUUAUAUCUCAAUUUAUUGAUGAGGAGGAUAA